GGUAUCUGUGGUAGAAUAAAUGCAGUAAUAAAUAGAAAUCCUUCAGGAGGGUGAGGAGACAUGCAAUAUCCAUGGAAAUGUAAGCAUCCCGAUUGUAACUUUCAUCUACUAUUAACAGAGCUGUCUGUUCMUAGGCAGUCAGACCACAGCCUACUGAUUUGCUGCACAGAGGAGGUUAUUAUUGUCAGGGGUCUAAGAAUGUCUCCCCCAAGCACUGCAGCACCCRUGCCAAAUUGAGGGUAGAAAGGAGCAUCCCCACAGUUGUUUCUUUCAGCUUUUGGCCAGGGAUUUGGAGAAGUCCUUGGAUGUGCUGCUAGGCAGGGCUGCCCUCAGCUGGAGGCCGGAGGAACUAGUCCCUUCCUUGGGUUAGAUCAGCUCUUACAGCUGAAUUCAGCAACUGAAUGCCAUCACCCAGCAUCCCUACAUACCAUUGCUCCUAGUUUUGUUCCCUUGCAUGGAAAGRGUCUAAAUAAACCCCUUCACCUGUGGGCAGAGAACAGAAGGAGCCUUUUCCUGCCAGAUACUCUGUCCUAAUUCCUCAAAAUGAGACAGCRUUAACAUCAGAGUGGAGUCACCCUGGUCCUAGGCUCUGAUUAUGAUAACUGAAACCUCAAGAAACAGCUCUACUGUUACGUGUAACUCUACAUGUGGUGAAGUCUCUGACUGGAGAUUUGUGGGACCUUGUGGUCUACACAUGUGGUCCCCAGACCAGGUCACCCUCCUGGCUGUUCUAGGCUUGCUCUGAUGCUGCACACGGGUACAAUUUGCUCUGCCAGGAMUAGUUUCCUUCACGUUCCCCCCUUUUCUUGCCAGGAAAGUUCCCUCCACUUGGUGGAUCAUCAACUGCUUGCUAACCACAUAGAGAAGGAAUAAGUGAGGCCAAGGUAGGGAAGGCAGCCAGGCGCAGCAUGGGUCAGUGCAGAGGAAGAACAUUCUUUAAGAGACUGAAAUGCUUCUUCAUCAAAGACASUUGAAAUACAUUAGUACAUGACAGAAAAAUUAAGAAUAAAAAUUAUAUAUUUCYAAAGAAAGUAGGGAAAAAUAAACUCUUUACCUUCAGCUUCUACAGAGACCCUCUUCAAGACUCUGAUCCUUUUCUAGGGAUGAUGCUGGUAGUGUCUUUAUAGCGUUGGCAAUUAAUUAACUGGCUAAUUUCCUAAUUAAACUAGUUGGGGAGAGGGAGGCUUUUCAGCUUAAGAURGUAGUGGCUGGGGUGUGUGACCAGCUAUGCUGAGGGCAAACCCCAGAGCCUGCAAGGACCUGCUGGCCRCGUGUAACCUGGAAGCACCUCAACCAAGAGAGGACCCAGACGACUUGCUCUACCAGGACACCGACUCGGACGUGUCGGAGCAGCGGGACAGCAGGUGCAAAGUCAAGUGGACGCCAGAGGAGGAUGAGCAGCUGAAGAUGCUAGUGACACAUUUUGGGCAGAAUGACUGGAAGUUCCUGGCCAGUCACUUUCCUAACCACAAUGAUCAGCAGUGCCAGUACCGGUGGCUGAGGGUGUUGAAUCCAGACUUGGUUAAGGGCCCAUGGACCAAAGAGGAAGACCAGAAGGUAAUUGAACUGGUUAAAAAAUAUGGCACCAAGCAAUGGACUUUGAUAGCCAAGCACCUGAAAGGGCGGUUAGGAAAGCAGUGCCGGGAACGCUGGCAUAACCACCUGAACCCGGAGGUGAAGAAGUCCUCAUGGACGGAGGAGGAGGAUCGCAUCAUUUUUGAGGCCCACAAGGUCCUGGGGAAUCGCUGGGCUGAGAUUGCCAAGCUGCUGCCUGGCAGGACUGACAAUGCUGUGAAGAACCACUGGAACUCCACCAUCAAGAGGAAGGUGGACACRGGAGGCUUCCUCAACGAGGCCAAAGAGGCCAAGUCACUGUACUUGCUGGUGGAGGUGGAUGGCAAGGAGGACCAGAAUCAAACAGGGACUGAGUGCCAGGAGAAGAACACCCUGCCAAACUGGCCAGCUGAUGCCUCUGAAAUAAAAGAGGAGGAUGGGAGCGAUGAGGAGGUGACAGGCGUGCAGGAGUUACCCGCGGAGCUGCCGGCUGCCGAUCUGGCAGGGCACAACCCCGAGGGGCCGCCGGGCGACGCGCUGCCCGAGGAUGCCUCSGCGGACGUCACGUCGCCCUACAAAUGGGUUGUGGAAGCUGCCAACUAUUUGUGCCCCACAUCGGUGCCGGCCUUCAAUGAAGCUCUGGACAUGAUAGAGUCUGACCCCGAUGGGUGGUGUGACCUCAGCCAGUUCGACCUGCCCGAGGAGCCUUCUGCCAGCAGCAGCAGCAGCAGCAGCCCCGCGCGGCAAACGCCCAGCAAGGCGGCCCCCUCGGCGCCCAACGUGACCGAGUACCGCCUGGACGGCCACACCAUCUCCGACCUCAGCAGGAGCAGCAAGGGGGAGCUCAUCCCCAUCUCCCCGCACGCCGAGGUGAGCUUCGGCACGCCGCCCUCCGUGCUCAAGAGGCAGAAGAAGAGGAAGGUCUCCCUCUCUCCUGUCACGGAGAACGCCGCCAGCACCAGCCUUUCCUUCCUGGACUCGUGCAACAGCAUGACGCCCAAGAGCACCCCYGUGAAGACGCUGCCUUUCUCCCCGUCGCAGUUCUUAAACUUCUGGACCAAACAAGAUACCCUGGAACUGGAGAACCCAUCUCUGACCUCCACACCCGUGUGCAGUCAAAAGGUGAUUGUCACCACCCCUCUGCACAGGGACAAGACGCCGCUGCUCCAGAAAAACUCAGCGUUUGUCACACCAGAUCAGAAGUAUGUGGUGGACAACACUCCUCACACCCCUACACCUUUCAAAAACGCCCUGGAGAAAUAUGGACCAAUUAGGCCCCUGCCCCAGACCCCUCACCUGGAAGAAGACUUGAAAGAGGUGCUCCGAAGUGAAGCUGGCAUUGAAUUGAUCAUAGAGGAUGAUGUAAAGCCUGAGAAACAGAAAAGGAAACAAGGGCUGCGCAGGAGCCCCAUCAAGAAGGUCCGGAAGUCUCUAGCCCUGGAUAUUGUGGAUGAAGAUACAAAGCAAAAUAUGCCUGCCCUCCCCAAGACAAUCUGYUUCAAAAGGGCCCAGCCGGUGAAUUUCCUGUCGAGAUCCUUGAGUCUCUCCUCCUCGAGCAGGAAGAACGACAGCAGGUUGCUCAACAGAGCCUUUGUGCAAGUGCAGCCGGAGAAGAUGUCCUACAGGAAGAUGCCAAGCCAUUUCAGACCCCCAGCACCGAUGACCAGAGCUUGGAAAGCCGUGGCCUGUGGUGGGACGCAAGACCAGCUCUUCAUGCAAGAGAAAGCUCGACAGUUCUUGGGCAUGUUGAAACAGAGUCACACAUCAAGGACCUUAAUCUUAUCAUGAAGGAUUGUUGUGCUUUUUAUUUUUAUAAAACUCUUUGUAAGUGGAGGGGAGGGAACCACACUGAAACAAAUACCCUCUGCCAGGCCACCGUGUUGGAGGAUUAUGUAUUUUUUUUUCCCCUUUCCUUUUUGUUCCCAGAUAGAUCUGAAUUUUAAUAAAUUGGGCUAACUGCUGGCUAAUAGGCGGGAUGCAAGUUUUAAAAUCUUGUAGAAAAGCAAGUAAUGGAGAGGUACAGAGCGCGCAGGGUAUAGAUCACUCUCUGCAAGCCCUAGGUUCUCCAGAAGUAGAGACACAGGACCGUGGAAUAACGUGUGAAAUGGAUGUUGGACACUGACCUACCUGCCUGGAUUUCGUGCUGGCUGCUYUCAUCCCUUGGAAAUGGCUUUUGUUAAGAUUGCUGCACAACUCCUGGCUUCGCCUGGGCGAUGGAGGGCCCCUGGCUCUAGGAUGGGCAACGUGUUACCUC